UACAUAUAAGUCCCAAAACCAACCCUAAUGCGUUACUGGUCUCUGUAUUUCUUCUUCAUUUUCUCUCUCUCUCUCGCUCUCUCCUAACAUGUUGAAGAAAAUAGAAACUCUGUUAUCUAAUGUUGCCUAUAUGAUGAUUUAUGGCCAUGGAAGGUCUGAGAGGAGAGACCCUUCUUCUCUAUUUUUUUUAUUUCCUCUUCAUUUUCAUGCUAAGAGUUUUCACUGAGUCUGUUGUUUCGUAGAGUAGAACAGUCCAUGAUCGAUGUUAAUCCUUUGCAUCUUCUAGAUUGUGUAUACAAUAGCAAUCUCUGGUCUAGAGAGAGCCUAGAGAAGUAUGGAUCUUUCUAUAUGUAUACCACAAACAAAUGGCCUAACAUCUAAAGUGGGUGGUGAUUAUUUAAGAUGAGAGCCUGAGAGGGUAAGUGAAAGAGGCUGAUCCUUGUUUUCAUGAUAAGGGACCUUAUCCUCUAAACCUUUCUGAGACCUUUUAUUUUUUUAUAAAAAAAAGAAUUGAAAGAAGAAAAGAGCACGUAAAAGUUUUGAAAUCUUGAGCUAAUAUUCCUCAUCCACAAGAAAAGAAGAAAGUUUGUUAUUCACCGCAGCUAUCGCUUUCGUUAUCCUCGUUCCCACAACCUCACCAUGACCAUGAGACUCCGUUCUUUUAAACUCCCAAAUCUUUCAACCAAUCCCAUUAUUCACUUAAGUAUAUAGUAGCUUCCAUAAGAGUCUUAGUUCUAACUAUAAAUACACAUAUCUCACUCUCUCUGAUCUCCGCUUCUCUUCGCCAACAAAUGUCGACCGCUCCUCUCUCCGGCUUCUUUCUCACUUCACUUUCUCCUUCUCAAUCUUCUCUCCAGAAACUCUCUCUUCGUACUUCUUCCACCGUCGCUUGCCUCCCACCCGCCUCUUCUUCUUCCUCAUCUUCCUCCUCCUCGUCUUCCCGUUCCGUUCCAACGCUUAUCCGUAACGAGCCAGUUUUUGCCGCUCCUGCUCCUAUCAUUGCCCCUUAUUGGAGUGAAGAGAUGGGAACCGAAGCAUACGACGAGGCUAUUGAAGCUCUCAAGAAGCUUCUCAUCGAGAAGGAAGAGCUAAAGACGGUUGCAGCGGCAAAGGUGGAGCAGAUCACAGCGGCUCUUCAGACAGGUACUUCAUCCGACAAGAAAGCUUUCGACCCCGUCGAAACCAUUAAGCAGGGCUUCAUCAAAUUCAAGAAGGAGAAAUACGAAACCAACCCUGCUUUGUACGGUGAGCUCGCAAAGGGUCAAAGUCCUAAGUACAUGGUGUUUGCUUGUUCAGACUCACGUGUGUGUCCAUCACACGUUCUGGACUUUCAGCCAGGAGAUGCCUUCGUGGUCCGUAACAUAGCCAACAUGGUUCCUCCUUUCGACAAGGUCAAAUACGGUGGCGUUGGAGCAGCCAUUGAAUACGCGGUCUUACACCUUAAGGUGGAGAACAUUGUGGUGAUAGGACACAGUGCAUGUGGUGGGAUCAAAGGGCUUAUGUCUUUCCCCUUAGAUGGAAACAACUCCACUGACUUCAUAGAGGACUGGGUCAAAAUCUGUUUACCAGCCAAGUCAAAGGUUAUAUCAGAACUUGGAGAUUCAGCCUUUGAAGAUCAAUGUGGCCGAUGUGAAAGGGAGGCGGUGAAUGUUUCACUAGCAAACCUAUUGACAUAUCCAUUUGUGAGAGAAGGACUUGUGAAGGGAACACUUGCUUUGAAGGGAGGCUACUAUGACUUCGUCAAGGGUGCUUUUGAGCUUUGGGGACUUGAAUUUGGCCUCUCCGAAACUAGCUCUGUAUGAACCAAUCCAUCAUCAUCAUCAUCAUCAUGACCAUCCAUCAUCAUCAUCAUUAUUAUCAUCGUAUAUAAUAUAUAUCUACCCCAUAUGUAAUUUGUAAUGUGCCUUUGACUGUGAUGAGUUAUCUCUCCCUCUCUACCAACUUUCUUCAUAUAUAUAAAACAAAAAGGAAAAGCAGAUGAUAUAGAUCUUUCGUGGUUUAAUUAUGAACAAUUGUCUUUAUUAUUUGUGUAUCAAAUCGGUUGUAUUUAUGGUUUGAUUUUAUUUUCUAUGUUGUUUGGUAGGUUAAAGAUGUGGCUACCAUACUACAUUGGAAGCUGUAGGAAACUCUUUGAAGCCUUACCCGAUUUCACAUUGUCAAUUCAAUAACACCAAGUUGUUGUUUACAUGCAGAUCUUGAUGAAACUGGUUUUUGAUUUUACAGAAUUAAAAUCUUGGGGGACAGAAAUUUG